GAAGAAACAAGAAAAUAUCCCCAAAUUGACCGUUCUUUGAGUGUAAAGUAAUUGGCUUUUUGGCAGCGAUGGGUUGGUUAGUGAAACCCAUCGUUCCCUCAUGAAACCCAAACCCAAACCCUUUUCCUUCCUCUCUCACUCUCACAUCCACAACAAUCACCUCAUCUCAUUUCUCGGAACAAAACCAUAUCUACUCAUGGCACAAACCCCAACUUCUCCUGAUUCAAUCCAACCCCAACAAUCCAACCUUAGCCUCACCGGAGACUCUCGUGUUGAACGCGCCUGGGCUCAUUGGACCAACUUGGGCCGGCCCAAAUUGAUAGUUGCCCCGAUGGUCGACAAUUCGGAGCUACCCUUCCGAUUGCUGUGUCGCAAGUACGGUGCUCAGGCUGCUUACACUCCAAUGUUACAUUCUCGUAUAUUUUCCGAAACAGAAAAAUAUAGGAACGAAGAAUUCACCACUUGCAAGGAGGAUCGACCACUUUUUGUUCAAUUUUGUGCCAAUGAUCCUGAUGUGUUGUUGGAAGCUGCACGCAGGGUGGAGCCUUAUUGCGAUUAUGUUGAUAUUAAUCUUGGGUGUCCUCAGCGCAUUGCUAAACGAGGAAACUACGGUGCUUUCUUGAUGGAUAACCUUCCUCUUGUGAAAUCUUUAGUGGAAAAACUGGCUCUGAACCUCCAAGUUCCUGUUUCAUGCAAAAUUAGGCUCUUUCCAAAAUUAGAGGACACAUUGAAGUAUGCUAGGAUGCUUGAGGAGGCUGGUUGUUUGCUUUUAGCUGUUCAUGGGCGAACAAGGGAUGAGAAGGACGGGAGCAAAUUCCGAGCGGACUGGAAAGCCAUCAAGGCUGUAAAGGAUGCAGUCAGAAUCCCAGUUCUUGCAAACGGGAACAUAAGGCAUAUGGAUGAUGUUAAAGACUGUUUGGAAGAGACUGGCGUAGAAGGGGUUCUUUCUGCGGAGACUCUGCUUGAAAAUCCAGCUCUCUUUGCUGGAUUUCGUACGGCUGAAUGGGUGUCUGGCUGCGAAGGAGCCUUUGUAGAUGGGAAAUUAGACCAGGCAGAUCUGUUAAUCGAGUAUUUGAAGCUUUGCGAAAAGUACCCUGUGCCGUGGAGAAUAAUACGCUCCCAUGUUCAUAAAUUGUUGGGAGAUUGGUUCAGCCUUCAGCCCCACAUCAGGGAAGAUUUUAAUAAACAAUAUAAACUGACAUUUGAGUUUCUCUAUGACAUGGUGGAUCGACUUAGAGAUACCGGUACAAGAAUUCCACUUUAUCUCAAAGAUACACAAAUGGAACCUAUUGAAAGUUUACACAGAUCAGUACAGCUAUCUUCAAAUGAACAUUUAGAGGUUCAAAGUUAAACCAGAACGUUGUAGUUUGCGAGUGGAAGACACGGCAAAGCCAGCAUAGCAUGGCUACACAUAUAAUUUAUUUACAAUUUUGUAACAAUUAGAAAUCAGAUUGGUUCAAAUCACUAAUUUAUUGUGUUGUAUUUGACUUCAUUCUUAUGGCAAAUGCCUAUUGGCAGUGGUGUUGUACACAUAACUGUUAAAAUGCAGAUUCUUUUGCUGAGUUCACAAAUUUGAAUCAACAUUUUAUAGCUUGGAUUGGUGUAUGCUUGUGACCACUUUAAUAUAUUGAUAACAUGUCUGCCUAUUGGAA